AUGCUGUUGGCCACUAUAAAGAAAGAGAUUGAAAAACAAAAUGAUAAACAAACCCAAACCAUAACCGAGACUAUCAGCAAAACAAUUGAAGAGCAACUGUUACCAAUAAAAAAGGAAAACGAAGCUAUGAAAAUUAAUGAAUACUUAAUAGAACUAUUCAACGUUCCCUGCACAACAGAACAAGCGGAGGAAGAGAAACACGACUGGGAUAAAUGGGAACUUAGCAGCAUAUACAGAGUUGGGAAAAAGACAGAUGGCAAGAUAAGACCUAUAAAAAUUUCAUGUACAACAUGGAGAAGAAACGAAAUCUUGAAAAAGAAGAAAAAAUUCUCAGAAGGAGUCUAUGUAACAGAAGAUCUGUCUAAAGAGGAACUGGAAGAAAGAAAGACUCUUAUCCCAAAAAUGAAGGAAGCCAGAGUAUCUGGAAAGUAUGCAAUAAUAAGGAAUGGCAAACUAAUUAUACGAGACAAAAUGGAACCUGAAAAAGAGGAAGAGAGCCCAAUCCACCCCACCUUCUACUCCCCCAGACAACUUCAGCAAAGCCCCUGGAGAACCCAAGUUAUACCAACCUGCUAA